UGAAUUUGGGGCGAGAUUGUUAGCUUGGGGAUUUUUCCGGCACUGAGAUAGGCCGUUGCGUUAAUAAGGUCAUUUCAUGCAGCUCUGCUUAUGAUCGACACGAGUCCUGCAGAACUGGUUGGUUGUAUGCAGAGCUGCAGUUGGGUUUUGCACGCACUAGGAUUUUGAUGAGAGGUUGGUAUUGGCUGAAUUCGGCUUACUCGCAGUAUGGGUGUCUCGGGGAAAUGGAUUAAAGCCUUGGUUGGCUUUAAGAAGUCAGAAAAAUCACCUGCUUCUGAGAAUAAUGAAAACAAAAGUUCAGGCAGUAAGUCUCGUCACCCGAGAAAGCAUGCAGUUGAGAUGGACAGCUAUAAACUUGAAGAUGCAUUUGAUUGCAAUUCUGCUGGUAAUGAUGGAGAUAGCAAAAUUCCAGACGCUGCUGGGACCCCUUCGACUUCAGUUCAAGUACAAGAAGCUACUCAUGAUCAACAAAUUGUGAGAGGAGAGUGGGCUGCUAUACGUAUCCAAACGGCUUUUCGAGGAUUUCUGGCUAGAAGAGCCCUACGGGCUUUGAAGGGAUUGGUGAGGCUUCAAGCCCUGGUCAGGGGCCAUGCUGUGAGAAAGCAAGCUGCAAUAACUCUGCGAUGCAUGCAAGCAUUAGUGAGAGUUCAGGCUCGUGUUCGAGCAAGACGCGUUCGUUUAGCGUUGGAAAGUCAAACUGUACAGCAGAAACUUCAGCAGCAAGUAGCAAAUGAGGCCCGUGUUCGUGAAAUUGAAGAAGGUUGGUGUGAUAGCGUUGGUUCUGUUGAACAAAUUCAAUGCAAAUUACUGAAGAGACAAGAGGCUGCAGCUAAGCGGGAAAGAGCAAUGGCAUAUGCUCUAGCUCAUCAGUGGCAAGCUGGAUCAAGGCAGCAGGCCCCGCCUUCAGGGUUUGAACCUGAUAAAAGCAGUUGGGGUUGGAACUGGUUAGAGAGAUGGAUGGCCGUUCGACCUUGGGAAAAUCGCUUUCUGGACAUCAAUCUCAAAGAUGGUGUUAUGAUUCGGGAGAAAGGUUCAGAUGAGGGUAAGAAUGGCAUCAGACCUCAGAUAAAAUCUGCUGCAAAGAAGCCGACUGUAUCUAAUCUCUCCAGCCAGAGAACGGGUCCUUCUCAAUCUGAUGGUUGUGGUAGUUCACCUAACAACUCAACCAGUACACCAGAGGUGACUCAAACGGUCUCUUCCAAGCCAAAGCCAAAGCACGUGGCUCAAAAUGCGCUUGAAGAAGCCAACCAGAGACCUGGUGUUGGUACAAGAUCACACAGCAAUCCUAAGGAAAGAUCCACACAACCUGAAAAACAGGCAAAGAAGCGAUUGUCUCUGCCCAAUAACGGGGCUUCUGCUGGGAAUCAGGCAGCCAGAAAUCCUGGCAGGACUGCUGUAAAAGGCACAAUGGGUUCUCAGAAGACUCUCAAGGACAAAGCCCAGACUAACGUAAGAGGGGACUCAAACCCUGAAAAAUCCAUGCCUCAGGCCAUCGAUGCGCAGACUUAAGAUGUCGAAAGGGAAGGUGGGUCCGAGGUUUAUUCCAUCAAGGUGCUGCACUUUGAGAGUGUACAUAGAUCCUUACUGUUGCAGGGAGAUUCGAUCACCUGGGGAGAUUCGUUCUCAAGGUGCUCAACUAUUUAUCACGGCAGCAGAGUCGAAGAGAUUAGUUUGGCUGGUUGUAAGAAUUACACAUGCGGGUCUCAAUUUGUGUUGACAGAACUAUAAGUUUAUCAGUGUUGUUGUUAUAUUUCCAAAAUAACACAGUUUUAUGUAGUUUGGUGCUUCUUUUUACUUAUUCGGUCGUUGGAGAGUAAACAUUACCUUUGUAAUUGGCUGCGCGGUGAAGAAAUCUAGCUAAUGGAUCAGCAAUUGUGAAUGAGAAAUCUCUGUUAGAUGCCUGCUGAGUGAAAACUAUCUGUACAGAUUGUGCUAUUGGUUCAACUUCUAUUAUAUCUAUCAAUACCGUAUCCACUUGAUGUUCUACUUUGGCAGUGGUUUGGUGAGUUUUAUCGACUUG